AUGACAGAGGAGGUAUGGGUAGGCACCUGGAGACCCCAUCGCCCCAGGGGGCCCAUCAUGGCCCUCUACAGCAGCCCUGGACCCAAGUACCUGAUUCCACCCACCACGGGCUUCAUGAAGCACACACCCACCAAGCAGCGUGCUCCGGCCUACAGCUUCUGUGGGGCCCCCAUGCUCCUGGCAGAGAACUGUUCCCCAGGGCCCCGCUACAGUGUGAACCCUAAGAUACUGAGGACUGGCAAGGACCUUGGCCCUGCCUACUCCAUCCUGGGGCGCUACCACACCAAAACAAUGCUAACACCUGGCCCAGGUGACUACUUUCCAGAGAAAUCUACCAAGCAUGUGUUCGACUCAGCACCCAGCCACUCCAUCUCUGCCCGAACCAAGACCUUCCGAGUGGACAGCACCCCAGGCCCUGCUGCAUACAUGCUGCCUGUGGUGAUGGGGCCACGCACGGUGGGCAAGGUCUCCCAGCCCUCCUAUUCCAUCAAGGGCCGGAGCAAGCUGGCCAGCUUCAGCGACGAUCUGCACAAGGCAAGGACCCCAGGUCCUGCGGCAUACCGCCAGACUGACGUGCAGGUGACCAAGUUCAAGGCUCCACAGUACACCAUGGCUGCCCGGGUGGAACCCCCAGGGGACAAGACCCUCAAGCCAGGACCUGGAGCCCACAGCCCUGAGAAGGUGAUCCUGACCAAGCCUUGUGCCCCGAUUGUCACCUUCGGCAUCAAACACUCUGACUACAUGACACCCCUGGUUGUUGACAUGGAAUAG